AGAGGAAGAAGAAGAAUCCCCGUCAGUUUUGCGCGAGCGAAGAAGACGCUCCGGAAUCCAGUCAGUCAGCCGGCCAGUCAAUUCGCCGCCGCCGCCGUCGUCGUCGUCGCCGAUUCGGCGGCGAUCUUCGAGAUCGAGUCGAAUUCUGCUGAUUCUCUACCGCGAAGAUCCCAGGGUGGGGGGGAUUUCGCUUCUGCUUUGCUGCUGCCUAAGCCUUUCUGUCUUUCUUUCCUUCUUUCUUUCUUUCUUUCUUUCGUUCCGAUCGCGAGUGUCUUCGGUCGGUGCCGUGCUGUGUCGGUGUCGUCUGGAAAUGGGGGUGCUGGAGAUGGAGGCGCUGCCGCUGGGGUUCAGGUUCAGGCCGACGGACGAGGAGCUGAUCAACCACUACCUGCGGCUGAAGAUCAACGGCCGCCACUCGGAGGUCAAGGUCAUCCUCGAGAUCGACGUCUGCAAGUGGGAGCCCUGGGAUUUGCCAGACUUAUCGGUGAUAAAAACGGAUGAUCCGGAGUGGUUCUUCUUUUGCCCCCGGGACCGGAAGUACCCGAAUGGGCAUCGGUCGAAUCGGGCCACGGAUGCUGGGUACUGGAAAGCCACGGGCAAGGACCGGACCAUCAAGUCUCGCAAGUCAGGGGGUGCUACUGCCAGCUUGAUCGGGAUGAAGAAGACCCUGGUCUUCUACAGGGGUCGUGCGCCCAAGGGUGAGAGAACUCACUGGAUUAUGCACGAGUAUCGUGCUACCGAGCAGGAUCUUGAUGGGACUGGACCCGGCCAGGCUGCUUAUGUCCUCUGUCGUUUGUUCCGGAAGGCGGAGGAGAAGCCUGAAGUUGUGAAGUACGAUGAAGUUGAACAAACUGGCUUAUCUCCGACAGCCAAGUCCUCUCCUGAUGAGGCAUUAUCGGAUGUAGUUCCAGAAACUCCUGUUUCCAAUGUCCAAGUAAAAUCACAAUCAGACGGAAUCAAGCGGUGGUUGACUGAUGAGUCGGACAAAAUGACUCCUAGUACUCAGAUGCCUGUUGAGAGCUGCUCCAAUAGUUACAUUGCCUCUGAUGUGGAAGAUGGUAACACUGAUGGAACACCAUUGGAGGUAAAUCCAUUGCUCGAAAGUGGCCCCAAAUUCUAUGAUCUGCCUUGUGAUCCAACUGAUCACAAAGGUUUAUUCCCUGAGCAGACACAGCUAAAAACAGGGCAAGCUCCUUACAUGGAUUCUCCUUUUGCCUGUGAUUUUGGCAAUGAUCUUGAGGGACUACUAUUCCACGAUGCUGGUGAGCACGAGAUCACACUCUCGGAUUUGUUGGAUGAGGUCUUCAAUAAUCAAGAUGACUCCUGUGAAGAGUCCACCAGUCAGAAGAAUUCAGUUGGAAGUGAGAUUCCAUUUGAUCCUCCGUUCAACUUAUCCCAGCCGGUCCUAGGGGUCAAAGAUAAUGUAUGGUAUGAUGAUCUUGUUGACAAUAAUAAUUGGAUGGAUGCGUUACCUUUGUGGGGACCAUCUGGAGCUGUUGCUUCAAAUAAUAUGGCAGAAUCAACUGGUGAAUCUUUCAAUAGCAAUGGUGGAACUCCGAUCAAGAUCAGGACACGUGACUCUCAAGUCCUACCACAUUCAAGUGAUUAUGGAGCGCAGGGUACUGCUCCUAGAAGGUUGCGUCUGGCGGUGGAUCGAGCCAAUCAACUACCAAGAAGCGUAAAGCUAGAAGGAGCUGAUGAGGGAAUGAGAGGUACUGGCUCUAAUGCAGAAGAAGAAGUUCAGUCAACUGCUGAGGAGAGUUCUGUUAACCACAAUGACAACACGAUUGUCGGAACCAAUAUCAAGAUAAGGACCCGUCAACCUCGACAUCAACCAGGCUCAGAGAAUUCAAUAGUUCAAGGUAUUGCUCCCAGAAGAAUCCGGCUGCAGAUGAACAGUCAAUCUGGGUCAACUAGGGAUGAUGAAGUUAAAACUUCAAGCUUCGAUGAAGAAGUACAGUCUGCUCCUACCAAGGUCAAAGAAGAAAUGGACAAUAUUUCUGAUCACAACGAACCAGAGAGAGACGGUCAGCUUCCUGCUCAUGAUAAGAUGACAGAAAUUGUCGAAGAGCCGUGUACAAACUUAACGUUGGGGUCAAAACCAGGUGGGGAAUCACGUAGUCAUGCGAUGGCUCCAGCAUCUUUGGGAAUACCUUCAGUACGCCCUGCUUCUCGUUCCCGCUUAUCUUUACUUUUCGCAGUCGGCAUGUCUCUUGUCAUAGUCCUGGCCGUAGUUUUCUCUGGUGGGGUACAGAGAUACAUCAAACUGGACAUUGCGUAGAGAAAGAGCCGUUUUCCAUCCCAUCUUUACAUAUGGCAUAGGGUACGCGUGGAGACGUCUAAUAGAGGAUGAUGCAGAUAUUUUAUGUAUUGCAUCUUUUGCUGUAAAAUAUAUUUCCCUGUAUCUAGCAGAGGAGCCUGCUCUGUUGUGGGCUUCUGGAUUCAGUGAGACAGCAGAUUUCUGUAUCGUUAGUGAGUAAGAGCUUUAUAUGGAUCAAUUCCUACUCUUUUUUUCCUUA